CCGGACCUUCGGGAGCCCCCUCCCCGGAGCCCGAGGGAGGAGAAGGCGGCAGCCGCUGGAGGUGGUGGCGGGGCGGCUAGCCGCGGCUUCUCCGCCCGGAGAUCGCUGUGUCUGGGGAGGCGCGGCACCUGAUCAUCUUUCUAGCAGCAGUACGAUCAUGGAGGUGGUGCCAGCCGAGGUGAAUAGCUUGCUUCCAGAGGAGAUAAUGGACACUGGUAUAACUUUAGUGGAUGAGGAUAGUAUUGAGGCUGUUAUUGUUUCGUCCCCAAUUCCCAUGGAGACAGAACUGGAAGAAAUUGUCAACAUAAAUUCUACUGGUGAUUCUACAGCCACGCCCAUUUCCACGGAGCCAAUCACAGUGUACAGUAACCACACUAACCAAGUUGCAGUGAAUACCACAGUUACUAAAGCAGAUUCUAAUACCACAGUGAAACCAGCUUUUCCAAGUGGCCUUCAAAAACUUGGUGCUCAGACUCCUGUGACUAUAUCAGCCAAUCAGAUUAUUUUAAACAAAGUAUCACAGACAUCUGAUCUUAAACUUGGCAAUCAGACCCUUAAACCAGAUGGACAGAAGUUAAUUUUAACAACUUUGGGCAAGUCUGGUUCACCAAUUGUUUUAGCACUACCCCAUAGCCAACUACCCCAGACUCAGAAAGUUACAACUCAGGCCCAGUCAGGAGAUGCUAAAUUACCACCGCAGCAAAUUAAAGUAGUUACCAUUGGAGGGAGGCCAGAGGUGAAACCUGUCAUUGGUGUCUCAGCAUUGACCCCAGGAAGUCAACUGAUUAAUACUACAACUCAGCCCUCUGUGUUACAGACCCAACAGUUAAAAACAGUUCAGAUUGCUAAGAAGCCUCGAACACCAACCUCUGGUCCAGUAAUCACGAAGCUGAUCUUUGCAAAGCCAAUUAAUAGUAAAGCAGUUACAGGACAGACAGCUCAAGUAUCACCACCGGUCAUUGCAGGUAGGGUUCUUUCACAAUCUACUCCUGGAACUCCAUCGAAGACCAUAACAAUAUCAGAAAGUGGUGUUAUUGGAUCAACUUUAAAUUCUACAACACAGACACCAAAUAAAAUAGCCAUCUCACCUUUGAAAUCACCAAAUAAGGCAGUGAAGUCAGCUGUGCAGACCAUCACUGUUGGAGGAGUGAGCGCAUCACAGUUUAAGACAAUUAUUCCUCUGGCAACUGCUCCCAAUGUUCAGCAGAUUCAAGUGCCUGGAAGCAAGUUUCAUUAUGUCCGACUUGUUACUGCCUCAACAGCCAGUAGCUCAACUCAGCCAGUUAGUCAGAAUACCAGUGUAAACACUCAGCCUCUUCAGCAAGCAAAACCAGUGGUUGUUAAUACCACCCCAGUACGGAUGUCGGUUCCAUUUGUCCCAGCUCAGGCUGUCAAACAAGUUGUUCCAAAACCAAUCAAUUCAACUUCGCAGAUUGUAACUACUAGCCAGCCACAGCAGCGGCUUAUCAUGCCUGCCACACCACUGCCACAGAUCCAGCCCAACCUCACCAACCUGCCACCGGGUACCGUCCUGGCACCAGCUCCAGGAGCAGGGAAUGUGGGCUAUGCCGUGCUUCCUGCUCAGUAUGUCACUCAGCUACAGCAGUCUUCGUUCGUGUCUAUAGCAAGCAACUCUAACUUUACUGGGACAUCGGGCAUCCAGACUCAGGCAAGGCUUCCAUUCAAUGGCAUAAUCCCAUCAGAGUCUGCCAGUCGGCCCAGAAAGCCCUGUAAUUGCACAAAAUCGCUGUGUUUGAAAUUAUACUGUGAUUGCUUUGCAAAUGGUGAAUUUUGCAACAACUGCAAUUGCACCAAUUGUUAUAACAAUUUGGAACAUGAAAAUGAAAGGCAAAAAGCAAUAAAGGCAUGCCUUGACAGAAAUCCGGAAGCAUUUAAGCCGAAGAUUGGGAAAGGAAAGGAGGGGGAGUCAGAUCGCCGGCACAGCAAAGGCUGUAAUUGCAAACGAUCAGGGUGUCUCAAAAACUACUGCGAAUGCUAUGAGGCAAAAAUAAUGUGCUCCUCAAUAUGCAAAUGCAUUGGCUGUAAGAACUUUGAAGAAAGCCCUGAGAGAAAGACAUUGAUGCACCUAGCCGACGCGGCGGAAGUCAGGGUACAGCAGCAGACAGCAGCCAAGACCAAGUUAUCCUCGCAGAUUUCUGACCUGCUUACGAGACCAGCCCCAGCUUUGAACAGUGGAGGAGGGAAGUUGCCAUUUACAUUUGUAACUAAGGAAGUGGCUGAAGCCACGUGUAACUGCCUUCUAGCUCAGGCAGAGCAGGCAGACAAGAAGGGGAAGUCAAAGGCGGCCGCCGAGCGGAUGAUACUUGAGGAGUUCGGACGAUGUUUGAUGAGCGUCAUCAACUCUGCGGGAAAAGCAAAAAGUGAUCCUUGUGCCAUGAACUGCUAACUCCUGCACAGAAGACUGGCUGAUGGAGCUGUACAGAAAACUUAAGGUGCAAGGACACUUGAUUUUUCUGGAAGACAGCUUAACAAUUACUGUAUUUUAAUUCAGUCCUUAUUUUAAGAGACCUGAAAUUAUAAUAUUUGAAAGAGAAGAAAUUUUAAAUGGGAAAUUAGUACAUUUUAAAAUCUUAGUUAAUUCUACUUAUGCCCCUUCUAAACUGAAUUAUUCUUUUUAACAUUUUCCUUUAUUGUAUAAUAGAUUUUAAUUUGCUUGGGUUUCUUCAGAGUUAGAUGUCUGUCCUUCUGAUUCUAUUGACAAAGAAUAUUUAUAAAUAUUGCUGUCACAUAAUUUAUAAUGUAUGGCGUUGUAUGACUUUGUUCAGUAGGAAAAGCCAGAGCAGCAUGGAGAUUGCCCAUUCUUUGGUUCAAGACCUAGAACAUAUACAGAGAGGAUGUCACAUAAACAGAUUCUAAUGAAACAUAUUCAGAUGACAUUUUGUUUGGAGAAGCACUAUCUUUUUAAGAAAAAUAAGCUUUUUAGGGUGAAUUCUGAAAUAUCAUGUCUCUGGGAAAUAAUCAAAAGGGGAAGUAAUCCCCAUGCACACUUUUAAAAUGAAAAAGUUUUUUUUUUUUUCUUUUUUAGAAAACAAAUUAUUAAGGAACAGUAAGUAAUCUUCAGAGGAUGGGCAGUGUGUGUCUAUAAUGAGGAAUGUCUAACAAAUGCUCUAGAAUGUCUUUUUUCUUUCAGAGGGUGGUAUGUUUUUGCAAUAAUUGUCCGAGUGAUUACUAAGUAAUACUGAUGUGACAUUGUAUGACUUGAAGUAAGCAUUUUGAUGUGGUAUAUAGAACUUAUCAAGUACAAAAAUUGGCUUGGAUGAAGAAACAUGGAAUAUGGAAACUGUAAGAGUUGAAUUUAGGGAAGGAUUUUUAAUCUACACACUUCUCUUUGUAGAGUUUUGGACUAAGAAGUUUCAAACCAAUACACUACUCUUAACUGACUGACGGAAUUGGGCCUCCUAAACAAAGCUUUCAAAAUUGUAAUGAGAUUUCUUUUUAUACAGGCAGUUUAAUAUAGCAUUUUUAGCCAGUGAUUUGGUAAGAAGGUAUGUGUAUUUUCCUAUAAUUGCUAAAAUAACCUAAGUCAUUUUCAGUAAUUAAAAAGCUGUAUGAAUUUAAGAACCUAUUGUAUUAGGACUUAAUUUUAUGACAAGGAAAAACCAUGUUGGAAUACAGGCAUUUUGUUAAUCCUCAGUAAUUAUUAGUUUAGGAUUACAACCUUUCCUACAAGGACUGUGUAGUUGUAUGUAUUGUGUAUAUAUGUUCGUAUGAACAUGCGAGGUAAAGGCAAUAGAAAUUAAGUAAUCCAAAAGAGGAUUCCGUUACUCAUUAAAGCAUCCUCCUUUGGAAAAUUGGAUUGGUAAAGUUAUAGUGCAGUAACCUUAAAUGUAGAUAGUACCAGCGUUCUUAGCAACUCAGUCCAAUACAUCUAAUUAAACUUUGUAUAAAUGUAAAUUAGUGUAAGAGGAUGAAAUAAUAUCUAAUCAAGUUAUUUUUCAAGAUUGCAAUAAGUUUUUGGUCUAAACCUAAACUUUGUUCAUUUUGUAUAUAUUCUGUGUUAAUUCUAAUUGCACCAUUGUGAUGUGUAUUUAUAUACAGUGUGCAGAAAAUGUUUGUGAAAUUUUGAUUAUAACUGUAGAUUAUGUAUGAUGGCAUUGCUUGAUGUUCUGCUUGUGAAAUUUGAAGGUGCAAUCAAAUGCUACUAGUUUUGAUUUUACAGAAGCUAUCUGAAACAUGAAGCCUUCCUGUGCAGUACUCACUAAACAACCUUUUUGUAUUUAGGCAUUUGCAUCAAAUUGCUGAACAAGGUUAAUAGCUACAUUAAUUCACCAAUUUUCAAAGACUAUUUGGGGAAGGUUGAGUAUAUAAUUUUUUAGCUCUAUUUACAUCCCAAAGUAGAAAGAUUAAAUUUAUAUUUACUAGAGCUAUUCACAAAAUACACUUUUCUAUAUUGUAAAAACAGGGCAGGAGAGUAAAUCAUACAGAAAAUAAACAUUUAUACUAUUCUGUAAAAAAAAAAGGUUUUGCAUUUUUCUUUAGUUUAAUAACACUAGUUUUAACCAUUUAACAUGCAAGAAACCUUUUAAAUUAUUUGCUCUUCAAGCACAUUUGACAUUACUUCUGAAAAAAAAGCCAAAAGAACUUUGUACAACUCAUUAACAUGAAUUGUUUUGAAAUGAGAGUAUUUUUCUUUUUUCACUUCUAAGGGAAGCAUGAAGCACUCCUUCUUUGUUCCUGAUCAUGAUGAGCACCUUGCUUGGCUGGGCAGCAGGGCUGCAAUGACGUGGGGCAUAAAGCAAGUGGACCGGCCGGGGCGGGGGAGGGCUGCCUCAGCUUCCUA